AUGUCAGACUCUUACGACGACGAUGACGAUUUCUUCGACAAUCCCGAAACUCUCCAGCUGCUCGAGCAGGCAGAGCAAAAAGCCGUCCAGGCUUCUCAAGCGCCGCCACGGAGCGACAUCCCCCAAGGAGACAGGAACAGAGUGCUGCUCGGGGCUCAAGGAAAUAGGGGAUUUCAACAUGGAUUUACCACUUCUUCCCGUCCACCUCAGCCCCAGCUCCCUCCCCAGCCUCAGGCGGGUCCUUCCAGAUUCCCUCGAGCUCCUCCUCCCAAACCUGCCUAUCAACCUCCUCCUCCCCAACGACAAACAAGAGACGACACUCCACCUCGCGAUGUCGUCCUCGACCAAACAGGCCGAUAUGCGCUGCACCAAGGCUCGUCGCAAGAACCUGUCAUCACCGACAAUCGUCGAGCGCAGACGUGGGCAUUGCAAGAUCGGAUAUCUACAACAUCGGUUGGCGGAGAAAGAAGCAGGGAGGGCAGUGCGCUACCGCUGAGUCAGAGUGAGCAAGCGAGGGAUAAUCGUCGGCGGGCUAUAGCAGAGGCGCUGGGCGGGGCUGCACCUGCUGCCUCCCAAAGCUUCAAUCCAAGCCAGUCCCGCGUCUUGUCGAGAUCCAACUCGUCCUCGAGCAUCCCGCCCCGGCCUGCAGCCAACGGCCAACCUGGGGGAUUCAAUCCGAAUCCGAAUAGGCAACUGUCGAGGUCUAUAUCGACUGGAUCGCAGAGUUUUGGAAGACCGUCUCAACAGGGUCAAGGACAAGGACAGGUUGUGAGGAUGCCGACGAUCCCCUCUGGCUCUCAGCCGCGAGCUCCUUCGCCCGCUGGGCCAGGUCCGGAUGCGCAAAUGCAGAAGCAGCUGCAAGAGUUGCAAGCGCAAUUCCAAGCUGCUCAAAACGAACUGCAAGCACUCAAGAAGGCUCAGGCUCAAACUCCUGAUGCGAACGCGGGACCUUCGAGAGCAGGGGCGGGUACCAGUGGUGUUGGAGGAGAAGAUCUGAAGGACAAGAUGAAACAGCUGCUGGCAGACUUUUAUCGUGCCAAGGGAGAGGCUGAGAUUAUGCGUCGAGCCCAAAAGGAGGCCAACGCGAAACACCUCGCCGAACUCGAGACGCUGAAACAGAGCCUAGCCGAUAAGGAGGCGCAGAUGAAGGAGAAGGAGAAGAAUCAGAGUCGACUGGUAGAGAGUAUCAAACAUCAAGCUGUCUUCUCUAAUCAUGCUCUCCAAAACUCCGCCAUCAAACCCCGUCCCUCGCAACGUCUCCCAACCCAACAUUCAGGCUUCCCCCACCCCGCUGGACCGUCAACGCACAACCAGGCAUUCUCCUGCGGGGUGCUACCUACGCCAGUUCGCAACGGCUCCCCUUCCCAUCACCGCACUCCUUUCCACCUUGGCGCCAAUGGAGAUGAAACGCCCAUUGCAUUGGGGAGGAGAGGACAAGGCGGCAUGGCGCCGCCGACUACUUUACUCCGGCACCCCCAGACUCAAGCGAGGCAGGGUGUUCAGCCUGGUGCUGGUGGGUUUUACAAUGCGUUUGCGGCGACACCGACGAUACAGCCGAGAAAGAAGCUCAAGACGUCUCAUCCUGCUUCUGAAGGGUCCGGUUCGCAAACACCUGUCGCCCAAUUGUCGCGCAGGACCCAUGGUGUGACGGGGUCACCGUCGAAAUCACCAGCUUCUUCGCCGACCAAACGGACCCAGAUCGCACUCCGCUCCAAGGGCACGUCGCAGACGACCAAGAGCAAAGGAAAAGGGAAAGAACGAGAGAUGGCGAGCUCGCCUUUUAGGUCUUCACCGCCUUCAGCGUCGACUAGGAGGGGGAGCUCGCCGGGGAUGGAAGUGGACGGAGAAGGAGGGGAGAAUGAAGCGGAUGAUGAUGUGGAUGAUUUGGAAUGGGAUGGACUGGAACCAGUGGAUAUUGAUGAGCGGUCUGAACUGCUGUACCACAUUUUCAAUCACACUUGUCUCUCAGGAUAUCAGACGACAAUUUUGUCUGGACGGACUGCUUUCUCGCCGACUCUUUAUCGCAUAAUGAACUACCAACCACCAAUUCCUUCUCGGCGACGCAAACCCAAAGACGCACCAUCGACCCAUCACGAAAUAUUGGAAGAACAACGACGAGAGGAGUUCAGGACGCAAUACACCGAAUGGUGCGGGAGGAUCCUCAAGCUGUUGGGUGAUAGUGGUCUAGAGUUUGAGGCUCUGGGCAAGGGGCUGGUGGAAGUCUGGGCAGGAAUGGUGCGCCACUUCAGCGCACUUGUGCUCACGUCGGCGAAGUAUGAUGAACAAUCAGGAUACGAAGAUGAUGAGUAUAAGCUGAGAUACGAGGAGAUUGCUAUCUUGCAGAAUGUCCUCGAUCUGCUAUCCUCUUCGACUUACCUCUUCCCAGGGCUGAUACCCUUCAUCCUCGACUCUGACUCAGGAAUGGGACAGGGAGGUAUCAUAGCCUGGAUAAGGCAACUGGUCUCGGAUGUUCUCAGCGAACCCGAAAAAGUGGAGGCGCUGGAUAAGAUGAUGAUGCGAGAGUAUAUUCAACAAGAAGAAGACGAGGAGGAUGACGAAGAAGGCGAGAAUCAGGACAGGGACGCGAAAGAAAAGGAGAAGGAGGAAAGGGCGGAACAGAAAGAAGGACUCAAGGGGUGGGAGUUGGAGUUGAGUGAUAGUGUGGUCAGGCUCUGUGAAGCUCUCUGUUGGUUUGGGGAGCAGAAUUCUGUUUGGCAAGGCGACGAGCUGGUCGAUAUUAUUCUGGGCCUUAUCAAUACUAAUCUUGACCUCUACGUCGUCAAACGCGGGAUUGAUUUGUUUGCUGCUGGAUCUAUCCGUGCAAACCAUUUCCAAGCCCUCAUCAACUCCUCCGCCAAAUAUCCUACGCAAAAUGCUGGAGAGUCACCCUUGAUUGACCAGUUAGGAUGGUACCUCAUCAGCGGCCACGAUGCUGCUCAACCACAUGAGAAACAUGAGAUGAACAUCACCAUCGUUCGGGGCCUGGCCAUGAUGUCAGCCUCUGUGCCCGAUGCUCCCAUCUUGAUGGCCGCGAGGACGAACUUGACGGCGUGUCUGACCAUACUGCUGUAUGGGGAGAGUAACAAGAUCUGGGGUGUGCACCUGGAGGAGGUUGUCAUCGAAGAGGUCUUGAGGCUGCUCCGACCUUCUCUAGCACUGCUCCACCACCUCGCCUAUCCCUUUGCCCCUUUCUCCUCCCAAACCAAACCCGCCAGUGUCACCCAAUCUCAACGUUCUACACUGACUCCUGGCCGCAUCCGUCCCUCCCAGCUAGACCCCGACUCCAUCAUCGGCGUCGACCUCGUCGAAAGGCUGAGGACGCUGAAUAUGCAGAAAGAGUUCAACGGGCUACAGCAUAUGUUUAUCAGUGGGAUGGGGUGUAUGGCGUAUGGGAUCUUUGACCAAGGGAUUGGGGCUGUGGAAGGGGCCGAUGGGUCUGUGGCGGAGGAGGACCUCAGAGUCAUUCAGGCGAUGGGAGGUGACCUGCUCGAAAUCGUUGUGCCCGGUCCCGAAGGCGAUCAGGUCUACGAAAUGUUCGUACAAGACGAUCCCCCAGACGAAGAUGUCAGAGCCCACGUGGCACCGGGAGAAGAUAUCGACAUGAUCGAUGACGAGCAACUCGAGAGAGGAGACAAUGGGCGGGAGGAGGUGGAAGAUGAAGUGGAUGAGGAUGUUUAUCGGAAUAUGGCGGUUGAUGAUGAUAGUCGGGAGGUCAUUGUCGUUUCCGACGAUGAUUGA